GGGGGGUUCAAUCCAGUCUGGUCUCUGAACACACGUACAAACACUCCUCCGAGGCGCAGGACGCACGGAGGAUCGCGCUGCCUCACUCUCACGUUGAAUUAUCUCAGUGAUACAAAGUUUAAUCCCCGUAGAAAAAAAAACAAAAACUUUGGACUUUCCUUGGUGGGAUUCUUUGUUUUGAAGCUCAGGUACCGCGGGAUUUUUUUUCUCUCUCUCUCUCUCUCUAACCAACCGGAGGUGUGUUUCCUAUGAUGCGCAGACAUCACAGGAGUGUGUGCUCCACGCUUUGGAUCCAUAAUGUGAGGAUUUGUGUCGGAAUAAACAAGGACGCUGCGUAAAGGAAAACCUCAGCUCCCCAGUGUGACCAGUGAAGCUCGUUUCAAUCCCCCAUCUCCCCCCCCAAAAAAAAUGGGGCCGUCAUCUGCACUGCUGCUCAUUGCUGUUCUGGGCUGGGCUGAAGGUUCCCAUCUCCACUACUCAGACGGCCGCUCCAGCCGCCUCUCCCUGGAGAAAACCUUCGGCCGCUCGGUCAAAGACUCCCAGUGCCAACACAUGCUGAAGCACCUCCACAAUGGAGCCAGGAUCACUGUGCAGAUGCCUCCCAAUGUGGAGGGUCACUGGGUGUCCACCAGCUGUGAGGUGAGACCAGGACCGGAGUUCUUGACGCGUUCCUACAGUUUCUACCCCAACAACACCUUCCAGGCUCACCAGUUCUACUACGAGGACAACCACUGCACCAAACCCACCUACACUCUGGUGAUCCGGGGUCGUCUGCGCUUACGUCAGGCCUCCUGGAUCAUCCGUGGCGGCACUGAGGCAGAGUACCACCUCCACCGCGUCCAGAUGGUGUGUCACACAGCCUCCGUGGCCAAAGAGUUCAGCCAGAGGCUCAACCAGAGCUGCCGAGGGGCAGUGAAGGGCCCCUGGGAGCCCAGUGUGAUCUAUGAGCUGUGGAGCGAGGAGGGCGGCUAUGACUGCUCCAGGGAGCUUAACUUUGCCAUGCAUGAGCUGCAGCUGCUGAGGGUGGAGAAGCAGUACCUGCAUCACAACCUGGACCACCUGGUGGAGGAGCUGUUCCUAGGAGAUAUCCACACCGAGCCGUCACAGAGGCUGUACUACAAGCCGUCCAGCUACCAGACCGCCCUGCAAAACGCCAAGAACCAUGACCACGGCUGCAUCGCCUGUCGUAUCAUCUACCGCUCUGACGAGUUCCACCCUCCCAUCCUGCCGCCGCGGGCCGACCUGACUGUGGGGUUGUACGGUCAGUGGGUGAGCCAGCGCUGCGAAGUCCGCCCUGAGGUCCUCUUCCUCACCCGCCACUUCAUCUUCCAUGACAACAACCACACCUGGGAGGGCCACUACUACCACUACUCUGACCCCGUCUGUAGACACCCCACUUUCACCAUCUACGCCCGUGGACGCUACAGCCGAGGGCUUCACUCCACUCGAGUAAUGGGCGGGACAGACUUUGUCUUCAAAGUGAACCACAUGAGGGUGACGCCCAUGGACUUGGCCACCACCUCCCUCCUCAAUGUCUUCAACGGUAACGAGUGUGGAGCGCAGGGGUCCUGGCAGGUCGGGGUGGAGCAGGAUGUCACCAUAACAAACGGCUGCGUGGCGCUGGGCAUCCGGCUCCCCCACACAGAGUACGAGCUCUUCCGCAUGGAGCAGGACGCCCACGGCCGCUACCUGCUCUACAAUGGCCAGCGUCCCAGCGACGGUUCCAGCCCGGACCGGCCAGAGAAGCGGGCCACUUCUUACCAGAUGCCGCUGGUCCAGUGCUCGGCAAGCAGCCAGUCGUCCGACUACAGCCAGGGGGACGACAGCUACAGGCCUCUGCUGCACCACAAUGACUGCACAGGGUGGCACAGAGGCAGCGAGAAACACGUCACUGUGGCUUUGGUUGCGUUCGUCAUGUCUGCGCUCCUUUUCUGGCAAAGCUAGAGAGCUGUUUGAGCUUUUUCUACAUAAAGACACAAAACAAGAGUGUGGAUUACAAGAGCAGACUGGGAGACUGCUUUUUUUUUUUUUUAAAACAUAUGUAAACUUAACUUUUCCUUCUUUGAUGAGAAUGAGGAUGAAAACUGGUGCCCCUGAUCCUCUGAACUCCUCCCCAGCUACCAAAGACUCAACACUGCUGCACCACAGAAACUGCACUUUACAGUGGAACCAAAGACCGACUAGUCUGUGUUUCCACAAAUAUAAAAAGAUGUCUAUAUAUCCACACAGACCUAUGUUUUUAUACAGUGUAUUUACCAACAACUGUCAUGUUGUUUCUUGGUUUGGUAUUACAAAAAAGAAAACUAUUUGAUGCGUGGGAAGGUUUUCUACAUUGAACUCUCUGACAAUGAGCUCCUUGUCUCGAGGACAUAUGCUUGUGAGUCACUGUUUACAGUAAAAAAAAAAAAAAAAAAAAAGGAACCACCGUACUUAUAUUAAAGCAAUUUGUUUAAAUAUAGCCUGAACUCAGCAGCAGUUUUCUGUCAUCUAUUCCACAUCAAGGUCAUACUGUUACUUUGGACACAAUAAAAUUCUUUCAUCUCCUUCUCA